AUGCCACUUCUUCCGAAAAAGUUUUCUUCUCUUGAGACGAUACAUGCUUUUAAAGAUGUUGAUAGGCCUCGGGGAGCCAUGCAAAUUCUGUCACCAGCUAUCUGCGCGCUGGUACUGAAUAUCUCAAUUUACUCUACAAAAUUCGAAUGGAUGAGGACCUCUGAAAUCGCGCCUGUUGGUAACGAUCAUCCAAUACAAUGUAAUAAACGCGAUGAAAACCUCAAGCGGAACAGCUUUAACGGCAACAAUAAUGCAACUGCAAUGAUGGCCCACCAAAUAAAGAUUGGGGAACGGCCUACUUCAAUGGAUUGA